GGGAAGCCCUCUCUGCCUGAGAUCUCUGGAGGCUGUGACCCCAGGACUGGGGGACUGACAACUUCCUCCACCUCAGCUGGCAGAAGAGGCUGCGAAGCUGGAGGACCCUGAACUCAUCACCCAGGGGCCCCAGGACCGCCCCGGUGGCCAGAAGCGCUCAUCUCGGGAACCACAGUGAAGUUCCCAGUUGUCUAGACCACCAGCCAUCGACUCUUCCAUCCACCUGCCUCUGCUGCUGCGUGAAGUCCAACCCGCAGGGGACAUGCCCGCGGUGCUCUCGGCGCCUCGAGCCUCUCGGGUGAGCACGCUGAAGCGCAGCGCUGUGGUACUGGCCCUAACGGCCUAUGGGGUCCACAAGAUCUACCCGCUGCUGCGCCAGUGCCUGGCUCCGGCCAGGAGCCCACAGGAGCCACCAAGGGCAGGAGCAUCCGCGCAGGGGACCUCCAGGGCCCCUGCGGCCUUGGCCUCCGAGGCCAAAGCCGGGGUGAACCGGGUGUUUGUGCGGCGCCUUCUGUGGCUCCUGCGGCUGCUCUUCCCUCGGCUCCUGUGCCGGGAGACGGGGCUGCUGGCCCUGCACUCGGCCACCCUGGUGAGCCGGACUUUUCUGUCGGUGUAUGUGGCCCGCCUGGAUGGACGGCUGGCGCGCAGCAUCGUGCGCAAGGACCCGAGGGCCUUCGGCUGGCAGCUCAUGCAGUGGCUCCUCAUCGCGCUGCCGGCCACCUUCAUCAACAGUGCCAUUCGCUACCUGGAGGGCCAGCUGGCCCUGGCUUUCCGCAGCCGCCUCGUGGCCCACGCCUACAGCCUCUACUUCGCCCAGCAGACCUACUACCGAGUCAGCAACAUGGACGGGCGCCUGCGCAACCCGGACCAGUCGCUGACGGAGGACUUGGUGGCCUUCGCGGCCUCGGUGGCGCACCUCUACUCCAACCUGACCAAGCCGCUGCUCGACGUAGCCGUGACCGCAUACACCUUGGUCCGGGCAGCCCGCUCCCGCGGGGCGGGAACGGCCUGGCCGUCGGCGAUCGCUGGCCUCGUGGUGUUCCUGACCGCCAACGUGCUGCGAGCCUUCUCGCCCAAGUUUGGGGAGCUGGUGGCCGAGGAGGCACGGAGGAAGGGGGAGCUGCGCUACAUGCACUCGCGCGUGGUGGCCAACUCGGAGGAGAUCGCCUUCUAUGGGGGUCAUGAGGUUGAGCUGGCCUUGCUCCGACAGUCCUACCAGGACCUGGCUUCACAGAUCAACCUCAUCCUGCUGGGCCGCCUGUGGUACGUCAUGCUGGAGCAGUUCCUCAUGAAGUAUGUGUGGAGCGCCUCGGGCCUGCUCAUGGUGGCCGUCCCCAUCAUCACCGCCACUGGCUACUCGGAGUCAGACUCCGAGGCCGUGAGGAAGGCAGCCCUGGCGAUGAAGGAGGAGGAGCUGGUGGGCGAGCGCACCGAGGCCUUCACCAUUGCCCGCAACCUCCUCACGGCCGCGGCUGACGCCAUUGAGCGCAUCAUCUCCUCCUACAAGGAGGUGACGGAGCUGGCCGGCUACACAGCCCGCGUGCAUGAGAUGUUCCAGGUUUUCGACGACGUCCAGCGCUGCCAUUUCAAGAGGCCCGGGGACCCAGAGGACGUGCCGGUGGGGCCCAGGACCACGGUGAGGUCUGGCGUCCGUGUGGAGGGGCCUCUGCAGAUCCGAGGCCAAGUGGUGGAUGUGGAGCAGGGGAUUGUCUGCGAGAACAUCCCCAUCAUCACGCCUACAGGAGAGGUGGUUGUGGCCAGUCUCAACAUCCGGGUGGAGGAGGGCAUGCACCUGCUCAUCACGGGCCCCAACGGCUGUGGCAAGAGCUCGCUGUUCCGGAUCCUGGGUGGGCUGUGGCCCACGUACGGCGGCGCGCUCUACAAACCCCCGCCACGGCACAUGUUCUACAUUCCGCAGAGGCCCUACAUGUCGGUGGGCUCCCUACGUGACCAGGUGAUCUACCCCGACUCGGAGGAGGCCAUGCGGAGGAAGGGCUGCUCGGAGCAGCAGCUGGAGGCCAUCCUGGACAUUGUGCACCUGCGUCACAUCCUGCAGCGGGAGGGAGGUUGGAACGCCGUGUGUGACUGGAAGGACGUCCUCUCGGGGGGCGAGAAGCAGCGGAUUGGCAUGGCCCGCAUGUUCUACCACAAGCCCAAGUAUGCCCUCCUGGAUGAGUGUACCAGCGCCGUGAGCAUUGACGUGGAAGGGAAGAUCUUCCAGGCAGCCAAGGACGCGGGCAUCGCCCUGCUCUCCAUCACGCACCGGCCCUCUCUGUGGAAGUACCACACGCACCUGCUGCAGUUCGACGGGGAGGGCGGCUGGAAGUUCGAGAAACUGGACUCGGCGGCCCGCCUGAGCCUGACGGAGGAGAAGCAGCGGCUUGAGCAGCAGCUGGCCGGCAUUCCCGCCAUGCAGCAGCGCCUGCAAGAGCUGUGCCAGAUUCUGGGCCAAGAGGCGGCAGGUGAGCCGGAGAGCACCACCUGACCGCCUCUCUCCUUGCCCAGCGCCCCAGCCCUCGGAUCACAUGAAGGAAAGUGCAGCCCCCGGUCCCCACACCGUGCCUCUCCCUCCGCCCAGGUCGGCCACAAAGCAGGUGGGGUCCCGGUCCCGCCCCUACCUCAGGCAAGGAAACGAUGGAGGGGCCGCGCCCUGCCUGCCUCUUUCCUGCACCCCAGUGGAGUCUUUUCCGUGUGAAAGACUCAGUGGCCCCUUGCUGGUCCCCAGUUCCCAUCCCGUGCGAUGUCCCUCAUGCCACAGAAGCUGCCAAAGCGGCGCCCCGGGCACAGCCGUCCCCGUCCCGCCCUCGCGCCGCCGGGCGCCUGGAGCGCUGAGCCACAUUUGCACAGCAUUUCCCAGCAAGCCCCGUGAAGAACGUGCCCCCUGCCUCCUGCCACAGCUAAUUUAUUGCCUUCCCGUCUGGAAGCAUCGACGUCGCCAACCUGAGCUCCGUGCCAGCGGGGGAGGCAGCCAUCACCCCACCAGCCUACACUGCCAGCCCGAGCAAGCGGGGGUGGAUGCAGGGAGGGAGGGUACCCACGUUCCAGCUCAGUGCCAAAGAGGGGUCAGUCAGCUGGGGCGCUGGGACUGCCAAGCUGGCCUCUGGUCCCAGAGGAGGCCCCGCCGCUGCCGUCGUCGCCGCCGCCGCCGUGCCUUUCCGGGCCCUCAGCCCUUGGGCCUGGAGCCGCCUUUGGUCCUUUUCAGUAAAACCUCUG